AUGGACUUCUCGGAUUCGACCUCCUCCUCCCCGUCACGAUCGUCUCGGAAAAGUGCCGCGCCGUCACGACCAAGGUGGGCGUCGAGGCGCCGGCCGACAUCAUCAUUCGUCCUGUCGACGGCUCUUGGGGCGACCGAGUACCGGUACCCGCCGUCGGUGCACAACGGCGAGGGCGACAGCCUCGUCGAGCGGCUCGAGCGCGACGACGUCAAGACCUACUCGACUUCCCGAAACGUCGACUCGAGCUUCGGCAAGCGCACGACCCUCUCUUCCUCGAGCGAGCCCGAGACGCGCGAGACGUCCAAAGAGCGCUUCGUCUGGUCGGCCUGCGCCUGAGCGCGCUCUCCUUGCUCUUUCCCCCUCCUCGCCCCUCUCUCUCCUCUGUGCCCUUCCUCCCGCGCUCUAUGUGCAACGCCGGCUCUUCCUCGUCUCUC